AUGAAAGCAGCUUGCGUUACUUCGUGGGGUUCGCCGCCAGAAUACAUCUCAGUCCCAGAUCUUCCAACCCCAACCCCGACCCAACUACAAAUCAAAGUGGUUGCUGUGGGAGUUUCGCGAGUUGUUCGAGGUCGAGCAGCAGGAAAACACCCCAGUGCUUUAAAUGAGCCGCUUCCUUUUGACCCUAGCACUGACGGCGUUGGUCUCGACGAGGCCACGGGAGAUCUAUACUUUGUCAACAGUCUCGAUACAUCUCUCUUUGCCGAGCGAGCUAAUGUCGAACGGAAAAACCUCGUCAAACUCGAUAAUGGUGUCAACCCGGUGACCAUCGCUGCCGUGGCUAAUCCUGCUGCGAGUAGCUGGAUGGCGUUGAAAUGCCGUGCUAUCGGGGGAUGCGAAGGCCGUACUGUGGUCAUCGUCGGUGCGACAAGUGCGAGCGGUCGCGCUGCGGCGUUUAUUGCUCGCUCACUCGGUGCCGCACGUGUCAUCGGAAUAUCGCGAAGUGAGCAGACACUUGCAACAGUUCAGGGCCUCGAUGAGCGUAUUGUUAUGAGCAAAGACGAGACCCCUGAGGCGUUCUCUCUCCCUUCUAGCCUCGGGCCCGUCCACAUUGUGAUUGACUAUGUGGGAGGACCAGCGUCUAUCGGCGUGAUGAAAUCCGCUCAAAUUCCAGAGGGUGAAAAUUUGCAGUAUGUCUACGUCGGUGGUCUUUCAGGCUACGAGAAAGUAGACCUUCCGAUUCGGCUGAUCAACACUAGACCCAUCCAGAUUAUGGCUUCUGGGUUCGGUAGUUGGAGCCGACAAGACCUAAACCGUGAGAUAAAUGGGCUCGUGACGGCACUUACGAAGAUGGACAAGUUUUCUGAUGUUGUAACAGCUCCCUUGGCUGAUGUGAAAGCUGCAUGGGAUUCAGAGAAAACACAGACGAAGAGACUUGUUUUAAUUCCAUAG